AUGAUUACGGGAGCCCAGUUGGCGGAGCAUUUGCAUGGCGGCCCUCUGACAGACGCUCAGAAGCAACAGGCCAACGCGACGGCUAAAAAAAUGCACCCAGCUACGUUUUCCGACGACGUGAAACAGUCCUACGAAAGCAUAGCGGAGGGCUAUUACGCCAUUGGACGGGCCGAUAUCGCCUCCAAGCUGGAGAGUCUGAUUGCCCAACUCGAAGAUAUGCGUGUUCUAGACGACCAGCCCGUUUACCACAUGCUCAAGGUGUUUCUGUUGACAUUGGGGCGUCCAGAAGAUCAGCCGAUCAAGAAACGCGUAGUGGAAGUUCCGCUUAAACGCGUUGGACCGCCAACAAAGGAACAGGAGCCUUUGGACGGAGUGUCAGAUGAAGUACCAUUUGAAGGAGACCAUUGGAACUUUGAAAAUGAGGAACUGAGAGGGUUCACUGAUUCAGAAGAGGAGCAUGAGGAUCACGAUAUGGAACCUGCAGGAGACGAUGCUAUCAGUACUCCUCCUUUGGAUGACGAUACAGGAGUUCCUCUAUCGUUACAGGAUUUCACUCUGUCUUCUAAAGAGACUGUCAUCAAGACUUUGGAGACUGAAUGGGCUCCCUCUCAAAUAACAUUGAUCAGAGAGUGCCUUUUCUUGUUGCAAGGUCUCGAAUGCAACAUUGGACCGGAUUAUGCUGGUCAUGUGGAGCAGAUUGUAGAAAUUUCUGCUUCUUUGGACGUGUUGAGAGACGUGACCCUUCAGCUGGAGUCAUCAAGCCUUCCUAAACUGUCCUGUUUUGUUCAAGAAUUGGUUGACCUGAUGAGAGACAUUCAUCAAUGGCUCUACAGCGUGGAAAUUGCUUAUCUGAAUAAAGAUACAUCGGGGCUGGCUGUUUCUCUCAACGACUUUAGAAGCACAGUUUCUACUCGUCUAGCUCCGGUACUGGCUCUUUCUGCUAUCCUGAGCUCCAAGAUGGACUACAGGGCCGACCCAGGGCUGUUGUUGGAUGCUUUCGACGAUACCAGAUCGAGGACCCUCGAUUCCAAAACGAUGAAACUUUUCCACAAGCUGUACAAGGCUGUAUUGCGUGACAUUUUGACGGCUAAAAGAGCUCCGAAAACAACGGCUGCCGCAUCUCAAGCCUAUGUCCACCUCAUGACGCAAAUCUAUGAAGCUCAAAUGUUUGCUUUGGGCUCCAACAUCACACUUGCUGACGAGAAAGAAGUCGCUCUGGAGGGGGACUGUCCGGACGAGCUGCUACUCAACCUCCAAGUGGAGCUACGACACAGGUACCAGCAUAUCUCGGCGCAUAUUGUGCGUGAAAUGCACAAGCAGAAUGUGUUCAGCACUACUCUGGAGUCUCUAUCCCAUUCUUGCUUCUUUUCCACAGCCAUGACUUCCUUUGCUGAAUGGAUGGUCCAGGAAAUAAUGGGAGGCUCUACCAUGUGGAGAUCGCAACGAUACAUCAACUACGAGCUGGACAGCGCUGUGAGAGUUCACGUUUCGUCUUCUGAACCCAUAUCUAUCAUUGAAACAUUGAGGCAGUUCCAUCUGGUCGUGAAACCAACUGUUAUUCAAUCAAAAGGGGACCUCCAAACCCUCUCUAACCUGUGGACCGUACUACUUCAGGUGAAACUGUCUGUGUGUCUGCUGAGUCGUGCCGAGUGUGCCAAUCUACAACAAUUGACCAAACGGCAUGCCAACCUCAACAUUCUCCAUCUGGUAGCUGCAUUUCUAGACUUUGAUGUCUGCCGACCUCUGUGGGUGGAUUUCACCAGGCUGGACACAAUGACCACCCUGGAACAGCUGCUUGGAGAACACUCGCGUACAAUGGCAUGGCUAAAGAAGCACAAAUCAGUGUUUGGUCACAUUCAGCAAUUGUUGCUGGAUAUAGAGAGUGGAGACAGCACGGACGACGCAAUGGCCUCAAUCAGGAAGGAGUCCAUCAUUCAGGGUACGUGCCUGGCUCUACUGUGA